CUUAAUGUCAAUUGAAAGUGUCAGUAUUGUGUUGUCGCAUUCGCAUCUUCUAAACAAAAUUAUAAAAUAUUGCUCCCUAGAAUAUUACAGCGCUAAAUUGGACAACUUAUAAAGUAACAGACACAAUGUCUUUAAACUUGGAUGUGGUGCCAAAAGAUUUAAGAGGCCUUCGGGCCUGUUUAGUUUGCUCUUUAAUAAAGACUUUCGACCAAUUUGAGUACGAUGGAUGUGAUAAUUGCGACGAGUUUCUUCGAAUGAAACAAAACAAAGACAAUGUUUAUGAUUGCACGAGUAACAAUUUCGAUGGUAUGAUAGCAGUAAUGAGCCCUGAGGACAGUUGGGUGUGCAAGUGGCAACGCAUCAGCCGGUUUCGCCAAGGAGUUUAUGCAAUCUCAGUAUCUGGACGCCUUCCAGCUGGAGUCAUCAGGGAAAUGAAGAGCCGUGGAAUUGUGUACCGACCAAGAGAUACCAGCCAGCGAUAAUAACCAAUAAUUUACUUAUUCCCUAUAUGUAUCAACUCAUUUUCAAAAUAAAUCCAUUUAUUUCAUAAAA